AUGGAUUACUUCAUAAAAGGUGCCGAAGUCGAAAUCAGCAGCGAUGAGGACGGCUUCCGCGGCUCCUGGUUCGCCGGAACCGUUAUCCGGAAGUUAAAGAAUGAUAAAAUCUUGGUGGAGUACAAAACCCUGAUGCAGGACGACUUGAGAAAAAUCCCGCUGAGGGAAGAAAUCGAAGUUGUGCAGCUUAGGCCGCCGGCACCUCGGGAGACUCACCGGGAGUUUAAGGUGAGCGAAGAAGUGGAUGUUUAUUUUAACGACGGAUGGUGGGAAGGCGUGAUCACGGGGGUUUCCAAAACUGGAAAGUUUGCGGUGUUCUUUAGGUCUAGUAGGGAGCUGUCGAAAUUUCAUCCGUCCAAGCUCCGGUUACACCGUGAAUGGGUGAACGGCACGUGGGUUCCUCCGUUGGAGAUUGAACCAAAAGAAGAUAAGAAAGUGUCCAUAUUACCAGCCAAACGGAAGCCUGGCAAAGAAACAGUACAGGAGAAAUUUAGCCGAGGGGCAACAGUUGAAGUUCGAAUAGAUGAAGAUGGUUUUCAAGGUGCUUGGAUUCCUGCAACUGUCAUCAAACGAUUUGAUGAGGACAAAUACCUGAUUCAGUAUCGGAGUCUGAGAAACGAAGAAGACACAGAAUUCUUGAAAGAGGAGGUUGCUAGUAUAAACAUACGACCACAUCCACCGGAAACUGCUUUGGUCGACUGUUUCAAAGUGAAUGACAAAGUAGACGCUCUUUUCAAUGAUUGUUGGUGGGAAGGAGUAAUAUCCAGAGUUCUUAGGGAGAAAAAGUAUAUAAUCUAUUUUCCGGGGACUGAAGAUGCAGUGAAGUUUAAGCACUCUGACUUGAGGCAGCACCAGGAGUGGAUUGAUGGCAAGUGGGUCAUUCCUUCCUAG